UCCUCCGCUUGCUCCCCCUCGCCCCAGCUCCGCUCCACCGGUCACCGCCUCCCUCCCCCACCCCCGCACCCGCAGGCUCUGUCCACCCGUAUCCCAACGCCGCAGCUCCGAGCUCUCUCGAUCGAACCCCGGAUCGCCGGAACCCGUGCGGAGACGAGGCCGCGCGGGGCGCGAAUUGGAAGCAGCGAGGUGGUACUUCCGGGGCCCGAAAGGUAAUCGCCUUUCGGGGGCUUUGGUUGUCUGUGAAUGAUGGAACCAGCCAAGUUCACCGGGUUCAUUGGUGCCGUAGCCGGCCAUGACGGCGGCGUCAACUUCUGCGACAUGGCCUACUACCAGAAGCUGGGGGAGGGUUCCACCAUGUCCAUCGACAGCCAGAACAGCAUGCAGACCAGCAUGCACGGUGGCUCCGUCAGGUCUAUGGAGAACAGCAGCGUCGGUUCUACCGACUCUCGCACUGGGAUGCUCAACCAUCCUGGCCUCAGAGGGCCUGUUGCUGUGGCCAGCUACUCAGUUGGGAACAGCAGCUUCCGCCCUGGCCGGGUGUCCCAUGCCCUGAGUGAUGAUGCUUUGGCACAGGCUCUGAUGGACAAUAGGUUCCCCACCGAGACGCUCAGGGAUUACGAGGAGUGGACCAUUGAUCUGGGGAAGCUCCACAUGGGAGUGCCCUUUGCGCAAGGUGCAUUCGGGAAGCUCUACAGGGGAACCUACAACGGGAUGGAAGUUGCCAUUAAGAUCUUGGAGAGGCCGGAGGCUGACCCCAUGCUUGCUCAGCUGUUGGAGCAACAGUUCGUGCAAGAAGUUAUGAUGCUUGCUACGUUAAGGCAUCCAAAUAUUGUCAAGUUCAUUGGCGCAUGCAGGAAGCCUCUGGUUUGGUGUAUUGUCACAGAGUAUGCAAAGGGUGGAUCUGUCAGGCAUUUCCUCGCUAGGAGGCAGAACAAGUCUGGUGGUCCACUCAAGCUGGCAGUGAAGCAGGCUCUAGAUGUUGCACGUGGCAUGGCUUAUGUUCAUGCCCUUGGCUUCAUCCACAGAGAUCUUAAGUCUGACAACCUCUUGAUUUCUGGUGAUAAAUCCAUCAAGAUUGCUGACUUUGGAGUUGCCAGAAUUGAAGUCAAGACCGAGGGGAUGACACCUGAAACUGGAACAUACCGUUGGAUGGCUCCCGAGAUGAUACAGCACAGACCAUACAACCAGAAAGUUGAUGUCUACAGUUUUGGCAUUGUCCUGUGGGAGCUGAUAACUGGGACCCUUCCUUUCGCAAACAUGACAGCAGUGCAAGCUGCAUUUUCUGUGGUGAACAAGGGUGUCCGUCCAGCCAUACCCCAUGACUGCCUCCCUUCUCUUGGGUUGAUCAUGACGAGGUGCUGGGAUCCAAAUCCCGAUGUGCGUCCUCCAUUCACUGACGUUGUCAGGAUGCUGGAGUAUGUGGAGAUGGAGGUCCUGACCACUGUCCGCAAGGCCAGGUUCCGGUGUUGCGUCUCCGAACCGAUGACCUUGGACUGAAGCAGCCAGAACCCAGAAGAAAAAGAGAAGGCAGCCUGAAGAGAAGUUAAAUCCUCUGUAUUUAUCAUAUUAAUAGACUCGCGCCGCAUAAGCAGAAAGCCCACCUGAGCACACAUGUGUGCUGGGGCGUAAUCUGUUGUGUCUUACAUGUUUAUCUUAGACCAUACCUAGUUCCUGUAGUCGUCCUCGUCGCCUUAAGACUGCCGUUGUGUUAGAGACAUCUUUAUCCUUAACAUCAUGGAAACAUCGUGAUGCAGGUCUCCUUUGGUUGUAACCGCCGCAAUGAUCCUGCUGCUGUUGUUCAUGUGUUAUAUAUAAUCAUCCUGCAGGAACAUGCGCAAGCUUUGGCUCU